AUGGCUUCGCAAUACUACCAGGAGAUGCAAGAAAAUUUCAGAAAUAAUAAUAAAAGUCGUGAAUUUCCGGCCCAUAGUGCAAAGGUCCAUUCUGUUGCUUGGAGCUGUGAUGGAAGGCGUUUGGCUUCAGGUUCUUUUGACAAAACGGCGAGCGUAUUCGUCCUGGAAAAGGACCGACUGGUGAAGGAGAAUAACUACAGAGGACAUGGAGACAGUGUUGAUCAGCUAUGUUGGCACCCCACGAAUCCGGAUCUCUUCGUCACUGCUUCAGGAGACAAGACCAUCCGGAUAUGGGAUGUACGCACCACAAAAUGCAUCGCCAGUGUCAGCACAAAAGGUGAAAAUAUUAACAUAUGCUGGAGUCCUGAUGGACAGACGAUUGCCGUUGGAAACAAAGACGAUGUCGUUACUUUUAUCGACGCUAAGACACAUCGCGCACGGGCUGAGGAACAGUUUAAGUUUGAAGUGAAUGAAAUUUCCUGGAACAAUGACAAUGAUAUGUUUUUCUUGACUAAUGGAAACGGCUGCAUCAAUAUCUUAAGUUAUCCUGAUCUGAAACCCAUUCAGUCAAUCAAUGCUCAUCCCUCUAACUGUAUCUGCAUCAAGUUUGACCCUACGGGGAAGUAUUUUGCCACGGGCAGCGCUGAUGCCCUAGUCAGUCUCUGGGACGUCGAAGAACUAGUGUGUGUUCGUUGUUUCUCCAGGCUAGACUGGCCAGUCCGAACCCUGAGUUUUAGCCACGACGGCAAAAUGUUGGCUUCUGCCUCAGAGGACCAUUUUAUCGACAUUGCUGAGGUGGAGACAGGAGAGAAACUUUGGGAGGUACAGUGUGAAUCUCCAACAUUCACAGUAGCCUGGCAUCCAAAAAGACCACUGCUGGCAUAUGCCUGUGACGAUAAGGAAGGAAAAUACGACAGUAACCGCGAAGCUGGAACCGUCAAACUCUUUGGGCUGCCCAACGAUUCCUGAGGAGACAUGAGCUUUGUGUUCUCUCGCAGACCCCCCAGCCCCCAACCCCCCCCAAAAAAUCAUCGUUCACCUUUAUACCUACAGGACCGUAUCACACCGCAGUCUAUAGACUGUUACGUUUAGACUUUCAGAACUGUGUCACACUGCAGUCUAUAGACUGUUAUGUUUAGACUUACAGAACUGUGUCACACUGCAGCCUAUAGACUGUUAUGUUUAGACUUACAGAACUGUGUCACACUGCAGUCUAUAGACUGUUAUGUUUAGACUUACAGAACUGUGUCACACUGCAGUCUAUAGGUUGUUAUGCUCCCCAAAGGCUGUGUUUUGUAAUACGUCACACCUAAAUCUUCUGUUUUUUUUUUGUUUUUGUUUUUUUUCAAUGAACUGCCAUAAUGUUGCAUUCACUGUCACAGAAGACAUUCACUAGCUAAUUUUUAAGACCUCUUUUAGUGAAAUCCACUGUGUUCAGAGCAGGUAGAAUUGUAAAAUGUUCAGAGCUGAUUGUUUUUCUAAGGGAAGGA